AUUCGUGUCUAUAGAGUUUGUUAUAGAUUUUUGCUGGCCUGGUAACACUAUAACAGAAGUGCUCACGGCUGAACACUUUGCAGCUACCACAGGAAAGUGUUCGGCAGUAUACCUUCCAGCGCAUUACAACGCAUACACACAGAAGCUGGUAGCAUAUUAUAUAGAAAACGUUUGUAAGGAAGCGACCUUCCGAGUGGUUCCAAUUGCUCGCGAGUGCCCUCGCCCGUAAUGGGGAAGCGGCGGGGGCAAGGGGGUGAACCCCGGGAAGAUCAGUAUGGCGAAUUUAACGUCUCCCAGGAUAAACAGCAUUUCUCGGGCUUCAGCAGCGGCAAGGGACUCAGUGGGGGCGGCACCGCGGGCGGCUCAAAGAAGGGCAUGGACUUUACCUUCCAGCGGCAGGUGCCCAAGUUCCUGCAGAAGUACUCCCACCUGAUGGGGAAGACGGCGGCGGACGAGGAUGAGCCCGUGGUGCUGGGCGGAGAGGGCAAAGGCGGGCAGCCGGGCCAGCAGGAGGAGGAGUCGGAGGAGCAGGAGGACAACAUUGAGGCUGACGCCCUCCGUCGCGCCAUGGCGGACAACCCGGAGCUGGCGGCGGAGUUCGGGGGGGCGCUGGCGAGCAAGUUGAAGCAGGCUGAGGCUGCUGAGGAGAAGGAGCGCGGCAACUCGCUGUUUGGGCGCAAGAAGUACGAGGAGGCGGUGCGCAGCUUCACGCGCUGUAUCGAGCUGGACCCUAGCUGCGAGGUGUACCACUCAAACAGGUCCGCCGCAUACGCAGCCAUGGAGCGGUGGGAGGAGGCCGCGGAGGACGCGCGGCGCGUGGUGGUGAUGAAGCCGGGCUGGGCCAAGGGCUGGGCGCGGCUUGGGGCGGCGUGCAUGGGGCUCAAGCUAUACGGCGAUGCGCGUGAGGCGUACGAGAAGGCGCUAAAGAUUGAGCCCGACGACCAGGGGCUACGGAAGGCAUGCGAGAAGGCUGAAAUUGAGGAGCUGAAACAGAUCAAGGAAGGAAAGCACACGUUCAAGAAGAUGCGCACUGGGGAUGGCACUGGCAAGGAAGCGGCCAAGCGGGGCGCUGCGGAUGGCAAGGAGAAGCCCAGCGGAGUCGAUCGCGGAGCGUUUGGAAGAAGUGACGUGCCACGGGGCAGCGCAAACACACGGAUAUUGUCCUUUGGUGCGGAAGAAGAUGAGGAAGAAGGGUAGCGCGGUACAAGAGUGCCGACGCGUUGGUGUCACUGGUGGGCUAGCCUAGCCACAGAAGCCCCGCGUUGUUUCUGUAGGUUGGACUCUGGUCAGCACGCUAAUUCAAGCUGGCACGUCUUCUAUUGCAUACAUGUUCCAGCUGAGUACGUGUACUGCAUGAGGGGUUGCAAGUAACAAAGGGUGUGGAUGAGAGCACACAAACCGCAUGUUACAUACCCACGAGAGG